AUGCAGUCGGACGGAAAGGACAAGAGCGCGAACCCCAUGCGCGAGCUGCGCAUCCAGAAGCUCGUGCUUAACAUCAGUGUCGGAGAGUCUGGUGAUAGACUCACCCGUGCUGCUAAGGUGCUUGAGCAGCUGAGCGGUCAGACUCCGGUCUACAGCAAGGCCCGUUACACCGUCCGUACCUUCGGUAUCCGUCGUAACGAAAAGAUUGCCGUCCACGUCACCGUCCGUGGCCCCAAGGCUGAGGAGAUCCUGGAGCGUGGCCUCAAGGUUAAGGAGUACGAGCUCCGCAAGCGCAACUUCUCCGAGACCGGCAACUUUGGCUUCGGUAUCAGCGAGCACAUCGAUCUUGGUAUCAAGUACGACCCCGGCAUUGGUAUCUACGGCAUGGACUUCUACUGCUGCAUGACUCGCCCUGGUGAGCGUGUUGCCAAGCGUCGCCGCUGCAAGGCCCGCAUUGGUACCCAGCACCGCAUCAACCAGAACGAGACCAUCAAGUGGUUCAAGAACCGCUUCGACGGUAUCGUCCGGUAA